AGGCAUCAUCGGUUAUGCCCCGUAUGUGAACAAGAUCGUCGAGCAGUGGAACCUUCACGAGAACGAUGACGAUCAGCUAUUCUACACAAAAAUAUACCUGGACCCUUUGCAGAGGGUGAGUAAUGGUCCUGUGUGACUUAGUUGGUAGGAGUGUGGCGCUAAUGUAAGCACUCACGGUACUGUAAAUCAUCUGCGAAAUAAAACCUACCCUUUACAGUUAUAUACCUGGACCCUUUACAUAGGGUACGUUAUAUACCUUUUUAGCAGACGCUCUUAUCCAGAGCGACUUACAGGAGCAAUUUAGGGUUAAGUGCCUUGCUCAAGGGCACAUCGACAGAUUUUUCACCUAGUCGGCUCGGGGAUUAGAACCAGCGACCUUUCGGUUACUGGCACAACGCACAUAUCCUCAUAAAACACCUGAAAACAAACAAAAAUAUUACAAAUUAACAGGCUGGACAAUUACAUUUUCUGAAAAGUACUCUUUCAUUUUUCUGUUCUGUUGUCUCUGUGUUUUCAGGAGACAUUGAACAUUGGCUUGGACCACAAGUCUCAGAUUUUCCAGAAUUUAAAUGGAGCAAUAGGUGAGUUACCACAGAAGAAGCCCUGAUUACUGUAAACUCUCAGAUUAACAUUUCACAGAAGAUGCCCUGAUUACUGUAAACUCUCAGAUUAACAUUUCACAGAAGAAGCCCUGAUUACUGUAAACUCUCAGAUUAACAUUUCACAGAAGAAGCCCUGAUUACUGUAAACUCUCAGAUUAACAUUUCACAGAAGAUGCCCUGAUUACUGUAAACUCUUAGAUUAACAUUUCUGAAAUAUAUAUUUUGUCUUUUAAUAACCCCCUAAGGUCGAUGUCAUCAGGACUUUGAGUAAUCUGAUAAGUAAAAAUAAAUAAAUCGAUGUCCAAGCCCCAGCGGAAAUCAAAUUAGCAUAAUAAAAAUAUCCCCUAUAAAAAUCCAUCAGUUUAAGAUAGAGAUAUCCACCGCAUCCACCUAUGUCAGAGCUAAAGCAGUGUUUGUCAGACCAUGAGACAUCCUGAAAAUCGGUCUUCUCACUAAAUCGCCUUUAGCAUCCGAACGGUUUCGCCUAAACACUAAACACUCUGAAGGUAAUUGGUUGCACCAGAUCUUAUUUAGGGGCUUCAAAGCAAAGGGGGUGAAUACAUAUGCACGCACCACUUUCCUGUUAUUUAUUUUUUAGAAUUUCUUUUAACAAGUUAUUUUUUUAAUUUCACUUCACCAAUUUGAACUAUUCUGUGUAUGUCCAUUACAUGAAAUCCAAAUAAAAAUCAAUUUAAAUGACAGGUUGUAAUGCAACAAAAUAGGAAAAAUGUCAAGGGGGAUGAAUACUUUUGGAAGGCACUGUAUUCCAGGCAUUUAGAUAUAAAUUCCAGUCGUACUUUAUCAAAAGUCAGCUAUGAAUACCAGGCCUGGUUUCCCAGAUUUUUCAUAGUGUUCUAUUGUUUCCAAUACUUAUCUUGUACUAUGUAAAAAACCUGUCUGAUUAGGAUGAAUAAUAUCGACAAUACCUUUUUAAUUCUAUACAUUUUGAUAGAAUUUUUGCAUGACAACACUGAAGUGUAAGGGGCCUACAAUUUUUUUAAUGGACUGGAUCUUUAUAUUUAUCUCUUGGUUCCUGUUUCAGUAAUAAUGAAAUCAGACCUUCUUGUUGAGUAUCUGAUAAUCAACCAUUUUUAUAGGAGUGUUCAAAACAUGCUAAUAACGGUAAUCUGAGAACAUCAAAAAAGGUUUGGUAUACCUCCACUGGUAUGCCAUCCAGCCCUGGAGUUUUCCAGGACUUAAAGGCUUUAAUUGCAUCAAGAAGUUCCUCUGUAGUCUUUCUGUACGGCUGUUAAUUUUACAUGAUUAAUAGAAAUAAAUCCAUACAAUUAACUUCAGUUAGUGGAGGAGUCUGAAACGAAAAAAUAUACUUAAAGUAUAUGGAGAUUGUUUAAUGGGGUUAAAUGUUUCCUGAUCUUUCUUAUAACGCUCAGAUAUAGGAGAAGACACUUCAGAACAAACUUCCUUUUGAUAUUUUUUGGGAAUACAGUGGGGAAAAAAAGUAUUUAGUCAGCCACCAAUUGUGCAAGUUCUCCCACUUAAAAAGUUGAGAGAGGCCUGUAAUUUUCAUCAUAGGUACACGUCAACUAUGACAGACAAAAUGAAGAAAAAAAAUCCAGAAAGUCACAUUGUAGGAUUUUUAAUGAAUUUAUUUGCAAAUUAUGGUGGAAAAUAAGUAUUUGGUCAAUAACAAAAGUUUUUCAAUACUUUGUUAUAUACCCUUUGUUGGCAAUGACACAGGUCAAACAUUUUCUGUAAGUCAUCACAAGGUUUUCACACACUGUUGCUGGUAUUUUGGCCCAUUCCUCCAUGCAGAUCUCCUCUAGAGCAGUGAUGUUUUGGGGCUGUCGCUGGGCAACACGGACUUUCAACUCCCUCCAAAGAUUUUCUAUGGGGUUGAGAUCUGGAGACUGGCUAGGCCACUCCAGGACCUUGAAAUGCUUCUUACGAAGCCACUCCUUCGUUGCCCGGGCGGUGUGUUUGGGAUCAUUGUCAUGCUGAAAGACCCAGCCACGUUUCAUGUUCAAUGCCCUUGCUGAUGGAAGGAGGUUUUCACUAAAAAUCUCACGAUACAUGGCCCCAUUCAUUCUUUCCUUUACACGGAUCAGUCGUCCUGGUCCCUUUGCAGAAAAACAGCCCCAAAGCAUGAUGUUUCCACCCCCAUGCUUCACAGUAGGUAUGGUGUUCUUUGGAUGCAACUCAGCAUUCUUUGUCCUCCAAACACGACGAGUUGAGUUUUUACCAAAAAGUUCUAUUUUGGUUUCAUCUGACCAUAUGACAUUCUGCCCAAUCCUCUUCUGGAUCAUCCAAAUGCAUUCUAGCAAACUUCAGACGGGCCUGGACAUGUACUGGCUUAAGCAGGGGGACACGUCUGGCACUGCGUAGUGUGUUACUGAUGGUAGGCUUUGUUACUUUGGUCCCAGCUCUCUGCAGGUCAUUCACUAGGUCCCCCCGUGUGGUUCUGGGAUUUUUGCUCACCGUUCUUGUGAUCAUUUUGACCCCACGGGGUGAGAUCUUGCGUGGAGCCCCAGAUCGAGGGAGAUUAUCAGUGGUCUUGUAUGUCUUCCAUUUCCUAAUAAUUGCUCCCACAGUUGAUUUCUUCAAACCAAGCUGCUUACCUAUUGCAGAUUCAAUCUUCCCAGCCUGGUGCAGGUCUAGAAUUUUGUUUCUGGUGUCCUUUGACAGCUCUUUGGUCUUGGCCAUAGUGGAGUUUGGAGUGUGACUGUUUGAGGUUGUGGGCAGGUGUCUUUUAUACUGAUAACAAGUUCAAACAGGUGCCAUUAAUACAGGUAACGAGUGGAGGACAGAGGAGCCUCUUAAAGAAGAAGUUACAAGUCUGUGAGAGCCAGGAAUCUUGCUUGUUUGUAGGUGACCAAAUACUUAUUUUCCACCAUAAUUUGCAAAUAAAUUCAUUAAAAAUCCUACAAUGUAAUUUUCCGCAUUUUUUUUUCUCAAUUUGUCUGUCAUAGUUGACGUGUACCUAUGAUGAAAAUGACAGGCCUCUCUCAUCUUUUUAAGUGGGAGAACUUGCACAAUUGGUGGCUGACUAAAUACUUUUUUUCCCCACUGUAUCUGUUCCAUGUAGUGAAUCUGUUAUUCAAUGUUUUUGAAUGGGCUAAUAGCAGUAAGGCCAAAAACACAUUUUCACCAAAUAUAUAUCAAUUUUUUUUAAUACUUAAUAUUCUAAAUCAAAUAGCUAAAUGAUCAUUAAAACAAUUCCAUGUAUUUUAGUAGAACCCCCUACCCCGGCAUAGACAGUUUAGACUCUAAUGGGUUUUAAACUAAUCUCAAACUGCUCUUUCUUAUAUCCAACACUGGCUGAUUAAAAUGAAACUCUUGAAGUGUUUAUAGCUGUUGGAAUUGUACUAAUCUGUAAAAAGCAACUCAAGCAUUUUCAGAGAAAUUUAAUUUACAGCUACUGAGUUCUGUAUCAGUCUGUUUUGCCAAAGAGCCACAGAGCCCAGACAGAGCCCAGACAGAGCCCGGACAGAGCCCAGACAGAGCCUUGUGACAGCCAGAGAGGGUUAGGGUUGCAAAAUUCUGGUAACUUUCCCAAAAUUCCCAGGUUUUCCAGAAAUCCUGUUUGGAAGAUUCCCAUAAUCAGAAGGGAAUACACAGGAAAUCCAGAGUCUUCCAACCAGGAUUUCUGGAAAACCUGGGAAGUUUUUGAAAGUUAGCAUCAUUUUGCUACCCUCAUUGGGUUUAGAUAAGACAACAGGGUACAGCAUGCUGGCCCUGGACUAUUCUAAACCCUGUUGUACUUCUGUUCUUUUCUCUCUCACUGCAGACGAAGUUCUCUUGAAGUUUGGAACGGAGAGAGUCCGAGUGAGAAACACUGUGUACGACACCCUGCCAGUGGUCGUCCAUGGCAACGCAAACACCAAAGUGAGUAAGACAAUAUUAACAUUUCCAACAUGCCGGAACCAUCCCCGGCAAUAACCACUUUCCUGGUGUCUGGGUACAGAUCCAUGAUGCCCCCAGUUCAGAACCAGUUACCAUCUCUGUUUCUGGAGAAAACAAAACCAGCCUUGUUGAAUUAGCCUUGUUGUUGAAUUAUGUCAGUGUUUCACAUUUGUUAAUUAUAAUAACAAAGGCAUUCCUCUAGAUCUGCCUGGAAGGCAGGCUUUCAGGCCGACUUUCUGAGCUUCCUGUCCAAAUAGGCCUCAUAUAAUAAAAGAAAAAGGCUUAGUUUAAAACAGUAUAAAACUCCCUGAAAUUGUGAGAAAUUGCCAAGGUCUUCUAUGAAAACAAGCUGUGUACUGACAGAUCUCUAGAGGCAGGGAUUCUGCAGAAUUGUUGUUACGAGAUUCUCUCCAAGCCAAUAGAUGACGCUGCUGUUAUGUGUAUCUGAGUGUGAUACUAGAUAGUACUAGUUAGCCGAGUUAGGAAUUACUUACUAUGCACUGAAUGGAGCUGUAUGCUACAGAGUGAUGCUGAAGUAAAUACUUUCUAAUCAACAUUACCUUGCUCUUAUUAUAGAAUAAACACCAUACAAAACAUAUGUGAGGGGGAACGUUAUGGGGUUCUUUAGAAUCUGUAUGGGGGGAACUUCUCUGGAAUCCAGCUGGUCAUUGUGUGGAGGAGUAAGGUCUGGCCAACAUUUGGUAACAUCCCUCCUCCUCACUCCCUGGUGCCCUUUCCCCCUCACUCCCCUCAUUACUUCCAUCUCUCACUAUACCCCCUCCCUCCCUCCCUCCCUCGAUCCCUACCAACCCCCCCCUCCCUCCCUCCCUCCCUCGAUCCCUACCAACCCCCCCCCCUCCCCUCAUCCCCUACCAACCCCUCCCUCCCCCCGAUCCCUCCCCCCCCCCUCCCCCCUCCCUCUCCCUACCCCCCCCUCCCUCCCUCCUCGUCCCUCCAAACCCCCCCUCCCUCCCUCCCUCCACCCCUCCCUCCCUCCCUCAUCCCUCCCCCCCCUCCCUCUCCCCCCCCCCCCCCCUCCCCCCCCCCGUCCCCCCAACCCUCCCCUCCCUCCCUCUCCCCCCCCCCCCUCCCUCCCCAAACCAACCCCCCCCCCCCCCCUCCCUCCCCCCCCCUCAUCCCACCCCCCUCCCUCGUCCCCCCAACCCCUUCCCUCUCCCCCACCCACCCCCCUGUCCCUCCAACCCUCCCCCCUCGUCCCCCCACCCCCCCCCCCCUUUCCCCCCCAACCCCCUCCCUCUUCCCCCACCCCCCUGCCCCCCAACCCCCCUUCCCUCCCCCCCCCCCCUCCCUGAUCCCUACCAACCCCCCCCCCGCCCCCCCAACCCCUCCCUCCCCCCCCCCCCCCUCCCCCUCCCUCCCCCCCCCGAUCCCCCCCCCUCCCAUCCCCCCCCCCCCCUCCCCUCCCCGUCCUCCACCCCCCCGCGAUUCCUCCCCCCCCCCCCGAUCCCCUACCCCCCCCCCCCUUGGCCUUUACCCCCCCCCCCCUCCCUCGCCCUCCCCCCCCCGUGAUCCCCUCCCCCCCCCUCCCCACUCCCCACCCAAAACCCCCCUCUUCCUCCCCCCUCCCUCUCCCUCCCCCCCCCCCUCCCCCCCCUACCAACCCCCCCUCUCCCCCCCCCAACCCCCGGGUCCCUCCCCCCCCCCCCCCCUCAUCCCUCCAACCCUCCCUGAACCCUCCCCCCCUCCCUUCCACCAACCCCCUCCCUCGAUCCCUCCCCCCCCCCUCCUUUUCCCUACCAACCCGGGCCCUUUCCCCCCCCCCCCCCAAUUUCCUUCUCCCAUCCCCCCCCCCCCCCCCGACCCUCCAACCCCUCCCCCCCCCCUCCCUGUCCCUACCAACCCCCCCCCCCCUCAUCCCUCCCCCCCCCCAACCCCCCUCCCUCGAUCCCUACCCCCCCCCUCCCUCCCUCUCCCCCCCCCAUCCCUCCCUCCCUCCCCCCAACCCCCCCCUCCCCCUUCCCUCCCCAUCCCUACCCCCCCCCCUCCCCCUCUCCCCCCCCAAACCCCCCCUUCGAUCCCCCCCAACCCCUCCCCAUCCCUCCCCCCUCCCCCCCUCCCCUGUCCCUCCAACCCCCCCGCGUUCCCACACCAAAACCCCCCCCUCUUCCCUCCCCACCCCUUCCCCCCGAUCCCUCCCCCCCCCCCCUCCCCGAAUCCCUCAACCCCCCCCGCCCCCCCCCUCCCUCCAACCCCCCCCCCUCCGUCCCGAAUCCCUACCAACCCCUCCCUCCUUUUCCCCCCCCCAACCCCCCCAUCCCUCCCCCCUUUUCCCGCCCUCUCCCUCCACCCCCUCCCUCGAUCCCCACCCCCCCCCCCCAUCCCCCUCCCUCCCUCGAUCCCCCCCCCUCCCCGUCCCUCCCCCAACCCUCCCUCCCUCCCCAUCCCUACCACCCAAACCCCCCCGUCAUUCCACCAACCCCCCCCCUCGAUCCCUACCCCCCCCCUCCUCAUCCCCACCAACCCCCCCCCCCUCAUCCCCCACCAACCCUCCCUCAUCCCUACCCCCCCCCCCUCCCUCCCCCUCCCCAACCCCCUCCCUUUUCCCCCACCCCCCCCUCCCCUCCUCCCUCCUCCCCCCCCUCUCCCUCCCCCCCUCCCUCGAUCCCACCCCCCCUCCCUCGCCCCCCCAUCCCCCCCCUGUCCCCCCCCAACCCCUCCCUCCCCACCCCCCCCCUCCCUCCCUCGUCCCUCCAAACCCCCCCUCGUUCCUACCAAAACCCCCCCCCCCCAUCCCUCCCCACCCCCCCCCCCCGUCCUCCAACCCCCCCCCUCCCCUCCCUAACCCUCCCUCCCCUACCCCCCCCCCUUUCUCCCCCCAACCCCCCCCCCCCUCGUCCUACCAACCCCUCCCUCGUCCCCCCCCCCCUCCCCCAAACCCUCCAACCCCUCCCUCGUCCCCCCCCCCCUCCCUCUCCCUCCAAACCCCCCCCUCCAUCCCCCCCCAACCCCCCCCCCGGGGGGGGUUUUUAAACAAAGGGGUUUUAUCCCGGGGGGGGUUUUAACAUUGGGUCAAAAUUUUCUUUUGGAAUCAAAAGGGGUUUGUGAAAUUAAAAUAGGGGGGUUUUAAAACUGUUACCAAUUUCCCCCUUAACCCUCCACCUCCCUGGGUUCCUUCCCCCCUCGAUUCAAAACCCCUCCCUUCCCCCCACAUUGUUUUGUUGGGUUUUAUUCCCUACUUUAGGAUUUAUUUAAAAAAUUUUACUCCUCCCUUACCACCCACCCUCUUGUUUUUUCCUUUUCCCCCUCCCUGGGGUGGAGUCGGGAGAGGUUGUGUUUAAUUUAAGUGUAAACCCCAAGGUUGGGAAUGUCAAAAGGGGUUUUUAGAGGAAGGAGGGGUGGUAGGUUUUUUUUUAGGGAGGAAGGGGGAAGGGGAAAAGGGUUUAUUUUCUUUUUUGGGGAGGAGAAUCCCUGGCUUCCACUAAUCACAACCACAAACACACGCCUCACACAGAGUUAACCUCCAACAGCUCUAUCAUGUAUUAGUUGCCAGAGAAUCUGUUGUUUGUUUAGCCAAGACAUGAAUCCAAACACUAAUAUGGUUGUUAAAUUGUUUCCAGUGUGUGCGUGUGCUAUGGGGAUAUCUUUGAUUGCAUCACAUAAAGUAUAUUUUUAUUCUGAUGAAUUACUAUGGGUCCAAACUGAUGUCCAUUUCUGUCUCAGAUCACUUAGAAACUAGUAAGUAGGGGAACACACUUCUCUUAGGGAGAGUGUGGCGCAGUGGCGCCGAGUGGCGCAGUGGUCUAAGGCACUGCAUCGCAGUGCUAGCUGUGCCACUAGAGAUCCUGGUUCGAAUCCAGCCUCUGUCGUAGCCGGGCUGCGACCGGGAGACCCAUGGGGCGGCGCACAAUUGGCCCAGCGUCGUCCAGGGUAGGGGAGGGAAUGGCCGGCAGGGAUGUAGCUCAGUUGGUAGAGCAUGGCGUUUGCAACGCCAGGGUUGUGGGUUCGAUUCCCACGGGGGGCCAGUAUGAAAAAAAUUAAAAUUAUGUAUGCACUUACUAACUGUAAGUCGCUCUGUAUAAGAGUGUCUUGCUAAAUGACAAAAAAAAAAAAAAAAGAGUGUAUUAAACUUUAGCACCUGUAAAAUUACACUGCAGCUAAAUUCUGGGCAGUGACUUCAGACAGGGAGAAUAAUUACAGGCCAUUUAGUCAGUGUAGAUUUGAGAGGAAAUGUUUAUUGUGCGCUGGCCUUUAAUCGUCUAAUCUGAACUGUCCAGACUGACCAUCCCACUAGGGUGAGUCCUACAUUGCGCCCCAUCAAAAGUAGUGCACUGUAUAGGGAAUAGGGUGCCAUUCUCUGGUCUAAAGUAGUGCACUAUAUAGGGAAUAGGGUGUCAUUUGGAAACCACUGACCAGCCCUGUUGUGAAUCACCAGGACACAUGGACCAAACGCCAGCAUGGAAUAUACUUCUCAUCGGAUUAAAUCAUCUUCUAUUUGUAAUAUAAAGGAUAAUUAAACUUGAAAAUAACCAUGUUGUUUCUUUGAUAUUUCAUAUGAGGAUCUAUUUGUUCUUUGUUUCCUCCAGAUGUAUUUGAACUAUCUGGGAAACUACAUCCCCAACGCCUGGAAUUACGAGAGAGGCUGUGCCGUCUGUGACCACAACAUGGUGGAUUUGUCUCAGCUCAAAGUGAGUUAAUCUGACCAAGCCUGAGAUUUCCUCCUCCUCCUUCCUCCUCUCCUCUCCUCUCCUCUCCUCUCCUCUCCUCUCCUCUCCUCUCCUCUCCUCUCUUCUCUUCUCUUCUCUUCUCUUCCUUCUCUUCUCUUCUCUUCUCUUCUCUUCUCUUCUCUUCUCUUCUCUUCUCUUCUUCUCUUCUUUCUCUUCUCUUCUCUCUCUUCUCUUCUCUUCUCUUCUCUUCUCUUCUCUUCCUUCUCUUUCCUCUCCUCUCCUCUCCUCUCUCCUCUCUGGAUUGAGGUCGGGAGAUUGUGGAGGCCAGGUCAUCUGAUGCAGCACUCCAUCACUCUCCUUCUUGGUAAAAUAGCCCUUACACAGCCUGGAGGUGUGUUGGGUCAUUGUCCUGUUGAAAAACAAAUGAUAGUCCCACUAAGCCCAAACCAGAUGGGAUGGCGUAUCGCUGCAGAAUGCUGUGGUAGCCAUGCUGGUUAAGUGUGCCUUGAAUUCUAAAUAAAUCACAGAUAGUGUCACCAGCAAAGCACCCCCACACCAUAACACCUCCUCCUCCAUGCUUUACGGUGGGAAAUACACAUGCGGAGAUCAUCCGUUCUCCCACACCGCAUCUCACAAAGACACGGCUGUUGGAACAAAAAUUCUCCAGACCAAAGGUCACAUUUCCACCUGUCUAAUGUCCAUUGCUCGUGUUACUUGGCCCAAGCAGGUCUCUUCUUCUUAUUGGUGUCUUUUAUUGGUGGUUUCUUUGCAGCAAUUCGACCAGGAAGGCCUGAUUAACACAGUCCCCUCUGAACAGUUGAUGUUGAGAUGUGUCUGUGACUUGAACUCUGUGAAGCAUUUAUUUGGGCUGCAAUUUCUGAGGCUGGUAACUCUAAUGAACUUAUCCUCUGCAGCAGAGGUAACUCUUUUUAUUUAUUUUUUAUUUCACAUUUAUUUAACCAGGUAAGCCAGUUGAGAACAAGUUCUCAUUUACAACUGCGACCUGGCCAAGAUAAAGCAAAGCAGUGCGAUAAAAACAACAACACAGAGUUACAUAUUGACUGACAUUCAUGUCUUAAAGUCAUGAUGGACUGUUGUUUCUCUUUGCUUAUUUGAGCUGUUCUUGUCAUAAUAUGGACUUGGUCUUUUACCAAAUAGGGCUAUCUUCUGUAUACCACCCCUACCUUGUCACAACACAACUGAUUGGCUCAAACGCAUUAAGGAAGGAAAGAAAAUCCACAAAUUAACUUUUAAGAAGGCCACCUGUUAAUUGAAAUGCAUUCCAGGUGACUACCUCAUGAAGCUGGUUGAGAGAAUGCCAAGAGUGUGUAAAGCUGUCAUCAAGGCAACGGGUGGCUAUUUGAAGAAUCUCACAUAUUAAAAGCACUUUUUUUGGGUUACUACAUGAUUCCAUAUGUGUUAUUUCAUAGUUUUGAUGUCUUCAAUAUUAUUCUACAAUGUAAAAAAUUGUAGAAAUAAAGAAAACCCCUUUUAAUGAGUAGGUGUGUCCAAACUUUGGACUGGUAGUGUAUGUUAUUCAAUCAUUUAAUCUAAGCUGCUUGCGCGCGUCAACGAGCAUCUGCGUAGCCAGGGGCUAAAAUAGAACUUGGUUCUAUUUUUGACGCAUGACGCAUGCAAGUCCCGCCCUCUCCCGUCUCCUCAUUGUUUUUUAGGAGCUUAUACCCACGUGGGUGAUUAAAAGAUGAACAAGGGCCACACUCCAGCCCAGUUGGUGGUGGUAAUGCACCUUAAAGUUGGUUGCCAAACGACAUAUAAAGUCUACUACUGCUGCUGAUACUAACAUUUUAACAUUUUAGUCAUUUACCAGACGCUCUUAUCCAGAGCGACUUAAAGUUAGUGAGUGCAUACAUUAUUUGUUUGUUUUAAAAAAAAUCAUACCAGCCCCCCGUGGGAAUCGAACCCACAACCCUGGCGUUGCAAACGCCAUGCUCUACCAACUGAGCUACAUCCCUGCCGGCCAUUCCCUCCCCAACCCUGGACGACGCUGGGCCAAUUGUGCUCCGCCCCAUGGGUCUACUGCUACUGAACUAGGAGAGAUUACUAGAAACUAUUAGUUUCCCCUUUUUAUAUGUGGAUUAAAUGACGUAGUAGAGAACACACGAUUUUGUGCGACUCAAAAUGGGUCAAAAUUCUACAAGUAUCCAGAAAAAAAGGACCUUGUACAUUUCAGGUAAAAUAACAACCCUAUGUUUAUAUCCCAGGACAAAUGUAGCUAGCAACAGCAAGCUAGCUAGCUAGCUGAAUGUCCAUGAAUGUUUUAUGCGUUUCGACCUGUCCCCAAAUUUGUAUAGUUGGUUCAGAAUUGGUUUUGAUAUUUCAACCUGCUUGUAUGGAUCGCGUCUGGUGUGGAUGUGCCCGGUCUACACAGCAUGUAACCCUCCCAGUCCAAUAAUAACAGCCUGUGAGCCCUGUGUCCCUGCAGACCAUUAUUAAAAGAGCACUCUAGGAAGAGGAAGCAGAGAGCGGCUGUGGUGCAGGAAAUGGCUUUUGGGUUUUCACUGAGCUUCACUUAAAGGGGUGUCACUGUCAACCAGUCCUCUUUUUGGUGGCUUGUAUCCACCAGGGUAAAUGACGGCAGUUAGCAGAAAAAAAUGUCACAAAGUUCAGCCAAGGCUUGCAAUGUAGGAACAGACAUAUCAGCGGCUGGAGUAAGAACUGUCUCUAUAGACAUAUCAGUGACAGCAGUAAGAACGGUCUGUCUGUCUGUCUGUCUGUCUGUCUGUCUGUCUGUCAGUUCAUGUGAGGAUUGAAAACAAAAACAUUUGGAUGGUAAAACAGAAUAUAUGAUCAAGUCAGUGGAGGCUGCUGAGGGGAGGACGGCUCAUAAUAUUGUCUGGAAUGGAGCCAAUGGAAUGGUAUCAUGCAUAUGGUUUCCAUGUGGUUGAUGCCAUUCCAUUGACUCCAUUCCAGCCAUUACUAUGAGCCGUCCUCCCCUCAGCAGCCUCCACUGGAUCAAGUACAUGAAGAUCUUUACACCACACUUACACUACAACAUAUACUGAAUACUGACGUCUACAGAGAACCUCUCUUCGCAUGCAGAGACUGUACUGUGAGGUAUAUGAAUGGGAUGGAUUCACUAUAUUUAACUAGAUCUGGAGUUAACUCAAUACAAAACCAACCACACUGUAUAAAAGAGAUCUUUGUGAGAAUGUCUAGAAGAUGUACUCAAUGAACCCUCUUCUACCAGACUACCACUAAAUACAAGGAAUGGGCACGUCCUCAGAAAGCCUGCCUCUCUUCCGGGCAGGGUAUUGGAAGCUGAGUGUGAGAGGAGAGUCUGAGACAUUUCUCACUGCUGUGCUAUUCAGAAAAAUACUUACUGGACUCUAUAUCUGAGUUUAGAGUCAGACUUACUGGACUCUAUAUCUGGUCCUCUGUAGAUCAAUUGGUAGAGCAUGGCGCUUGUAACGCCAAGGUAGUGGGUUCGAUCCCCGGGACCACCCCUACGCACAUGACUGUAAGUCACUUUGGAUAAAAGCGUCUGCUAAAUGGCAUAUUAUUAUUAUUAUUAUUAUUAUUAUUAUUAUUAUUAUUAUUAUUAUUAUUAUUAUUAUUAUUAUUAUUAUUAUUAUCUGAGUUUAGAGUCAGACUUACUGGACUAUAUUAGUCCAGGUGGAGGAAGUUCAGACUUACUGGACUCUAUUAGUCCAGGUGGAGGAAGUUCAGACUUACUGGACUCUAUUAGUCCAGGUGGAGGAAGUUCAGACUUACUGGACUCUAUUAGUCCAGGUGGAGGAAGUUCAGACUUACUGGACUCUAUUAGUCCAGGUGGAGGAAGUUCAGACUUACUGGACUCUAUUAGUCCAGAUGGAGGAAGUUCAGACUUACUGGACUCUAUUAGUCCAGGUGGAGGAAGUUCAGACUUACUGGACUCUAUUAGUCCAGGUGGAGGAAGUUCAGACUUACUGGACUCUAUUAGUCCAGAUGGAGGAAGUUCAGACUUACUGGACUCUAUUAGUCCAGGUGGAGGAAGUUCAGUCUUACUGGACUCUAUUAGUCCGGGUGGAGGAAGUUCAGACUUACUGGACUCUAUUAGUCCAGAUGGAGGAAGUUCAGUCUUACUGGACUCUAUUAGUCCAGGUGGAGGAAGUUCAGACUUACUGGACUCUAUUAGUCCAGGUGGAGGAAGUUCUGACUUACUGGACUCUAUUAGUCCGGAUGGAGGAAGUUCAGACUUACUGGACUCUAUUAGUCCAGGUGAAGGAAGUUCAGACUUACUGGACUCUAUUAGUCCAGGUGGAGGAAGUUCAGACUUACUGGACUAUAUUAGUCCAGAUGGAGGAAGUUCAGACUUACUGGACUCUAUUAGUCCAGGUGGAGGAAGUUCAGACUUACUGGACUCUAUUAGUCCAGGUGGAGGAAGUUCAGACUUACUGGACUCUAUUAGUCCAGAUGGCGGAAGUUCAGACUUACUGGACUCUAUUAGUCCAGGUGGAGGAAGUUCACACUUACUGGACUCUAUUAGUCCAGGUGGAGGAAGUUCAGACUUACUUGACUCUAUUAGUCCAGAUGGAGGAAGUUCUGACUUACUGGACUAUAUUAGUCCAGGUGGAGGAAGUUCAGACUUACUGGACUCUAUUAGUCCAGAUGGAGGAAGUUCUGACUUACUGGACUCUAUUAGUCCAGAUGGAGGAAGUUCAGACUUACUGGACUCUAUUAGUCCAGAUGGAGGAAGUUCAGACUUACUGGACUAUAUUAGUCCAGAUGGAGGAAGUUCAGACUUACUGGACUCUAUUAGUCCAGAUGGAGGAAGUUCAGACGUACUUGACUAUAUUAUUCCAGGUGGAGGAAGUUCAGACUUACUGGACUCUAUUAGUCCAGGUGGAAGAAGUUCAGACUUACUGGACUAUAUUAGUCCAGGUGGAGAAAGUUCAGACUUACUGGACUCUAUUAGUCCAGGUGGAGGAAUCUCAUACUUACUGGAUUAUAUUAGUCCAGGUGGAGGAAGUUCAGACUUACUGGACUCUAUUAGUCCAGGUGGAAGAAGUUCAGACUUACUGGACUAUAUUAGUCCAGGUGGAGAAAGUUCAGACUUACUGGACUCUAUUAGUCCAGGUGGAGGAAGUUCAGACUUACUGGACUCUAUUAGUCCAGGUGGAGGAAGUUCAGACUUACUGGACUCUAUUAGUCCAGGUGGAGGAAGUUCAGACUUACUGGACUCUAUUAGUCCAGGUGGAGGAAGUUCAGACUUACUGGACUCUAUUAGUCCGGGUGGAGGAAGUUCAGACUUACUGGACUCUAUUAGUCCGGGUGGAGGAAGUUCAGACUUACUGGACUCUAUUAGUCCAGGUGGAGGAAGUUCAGACUUACUGGACUCUAUUAGUCCAGGUGGAGGAAGUUCUGACUUACUGGACUCUAUUAGUCCAGGUGGAGGAAGUUCAGACUUACUGGACUCUAUUAGUCCAGGUGGAGGAAGUUCAGACUUACUGGACUCUAUUAGUCCGGGUGGAGGAAGUUCAGACUUACUGGACUCUUAUUAGUCCAGAUGGAGGAAGUUCAGACUUACUGGACUCUAUUAGUCCAGGUGGAGGAAGUUCAGACUUACUGGACUCUAUUAGUCCGGAUGGAAGAAGUUCAGACUUACUGGACUCUAUUAGUCCAGGUGGAGGAAGGUCAGACUUACUGGACUCUAUUAGUCCAGGUGGAGGAAGUUCAGACUUACUGGACUCUAUUAGUCCAGGUGGAGGAAGUUCAGACUUACUGGACUCUAUUAGUCCGGGUGGAGGAAGUUCAGACUUACUGGACUCUAUUAGUCCAGAUGGAGGAAGUUCAGACUUACUGGACUCUAUUAGUCCGGGUGGAGGAAGUUCAGACUUACUGGACUCUAUUAGUCCAGGUGGAGGAAGUUCAGACUUACUGGACUCUAUUAGUCCAGGUGGAGGAAGUUCAGACUUACUGGACUCUAUUAGUCCAGAUGGAGGAAGUUCAGACUUACUGGACUCUAUUAGUCCAGAUGGAGGAAGUUCAGACUUACUGGACUCUAUUAGUCCAGGUGGAGGAAGUUCAGACUUUCUGGACUCUAUUAGUCCAGAUGGAGGAAGUUCAGACUUACUGGACUCUAUUAGUCCAGGUGGAGGAAGUUCAGACUUACUGGACUCUAUUAAUCCAGGUGGAGGAAGUUCAGACUUACUGGACUCUAUUAGUCCAGAUGGAGGAAGUUCAGACUUACUGGACUCUAUUAGUCCAGGUGGAGGAAUCUCAGACUUACUGGACUCUAUUAGUCCAGGUGGAGGAAGUUCAGACUUACUGGACUCUAUUAGUCCAGGUGGAGGAAGUUCAGACUUACUGGACUCUAUUAGUCCAGGUGGAGGAAGUUCAGACUUACUGGACUCUAUUAGUCCAGGUGGAGGAAGUUCAGACUUACUGGACUAUAUUAGUCCAGGUGGAGGAAGUUCAGUCUUACUGGACUCUAUUAGUCCAGGUGGAGGAAGUUCAGACUUACUGGACUCUAUUAGUCCAGGUGGAGGAAGUUCAGACUUACUGUACUCUAUUAGUCCAGAUGGAGGAAGUUCAGACUUACUGGACUCUAUUAGUCCAGGUGGAAGAAGUUCAGACUUACUGGACUCUAUUAGUCCAGGUGGAAGAAGUUCAGACUUACUGUACUCUAUUAGUCCAGAUGGAGGAAGUUCAGACUUACUGGACUCAUAUUAGUCCAGGUGGAAGAAGUUCAGACUUACUGGACUCUAUUAGUCCAGGUGGAGGAAGUUCAGACUUACUGGACUCUAUUAGUCCGGAUGGAGGAAGUUCAGACUUACUGGACUCUAUUAGUCCAGGUGGAGGAAGUUCAGACUUACUGGACUCUAUUAGUCCAGGUGGAGGAAGUUCAGAACUUACUGGACUAUAUUAGUCCAGAUGGAGGAAGUUCAGACUUACUGGACUCUAUUAGUCCAGGUGGAAGAAGUUCAGACUUACUGGACUCUAUUAGUCCAGGUGGAGGAAGUUCAGACUUACUGGACUGUGGGGUAAAGGGAUCCAAGAGUUCCAUCUUCCAACAGAGGGGUGGUUCAGGAACACUGGGCCUGCUUUGUCCUGCCUGUUUGGGAGGAAAAGGUGUGAGGGAGGGAGAGAGAGAGAGAGAAAAGAGAGAGAGUAUGUCCUGGCCGUGUUUGAGGGAUACAGGUAAGCCCGGGUCACUGCCGGUCCUCUUGCUAUGUGUGUUUUUGGGAGAGGGCCUAGGUCCUACCAGCAGACAGACACACUGUUGCUGCUGACCUGCUAAUGUUGGAAAGGGUGUAUGGAGGCGUAAAGCAGGGUACCAGUUUCUGGAGGACAAAUGCAGCAUGGCUGAGAGCCAGACGGCAGACUAGGAGGGACGGCGAGGAGCCAGAGAGCAGAGCAGGAGAGAGAGAGGAAGAGAGCGAGGAGGAGAGAGCGAGAGAGUCGAUCUCAGUAUGAGGUCAGUCGUACUACUAUAGAUGGGGUCGUUUCUCGAUUCUUUUUUCUUUACUCUUUGUCUUCUUUCAUUCUUUCUCUCUCUUUCUCUUCUCUCUCUCUUUCCUUUUCUUUCUGUCCUCCCUGCCGGUAACAAUUUAAGGGCACUCUGGCUUGAUCCCUGGGUGACCCUUCCAUGCUUGGAAGUUCUGGAACUCUGAGCUGUCGCGGAAUUUGCAAAUGAGAUGGUUUGAACCGGGUUGUUUUUUCAUCCCAGGCCGGCUGGCCCAGGCCUGGUGAAGAGGAGGGAAGCCCUGUAGGGCUGUGUGGGCUGGAGGCUCCGAGAGAGAGAGUCAUGAGAAAUAACUCUCUCCUCUGACUACUCCCUCUUCAGGGAGGGAACCGGUCUCACAUGACUCCAUUUUGUCCAGACAUACUGGGCUGUUUGGACCUGCACUCUAUGUUGUUGUUGUUGUUGUUGUUGUUGUUGUUGUUGUUGUUGUGGUUGUGGUUGUGGUUGUUGUUGUGUUGUUUAUGGUUUGAUUGUAUAUGUGGCAGGUGUUGUUGACCUUUACAUGUAUUUUGUCUUCUGUUUAUGAGUGAUGAGGUAAAAUGUUGGUGAGAGUGAGACAGGAUGUUAGGUAAUAUAAGACGUAAUGAGAGUGAGACAGGAUGUUAGGUAAUAUAAGACGUAAUGAGAGUGAGACAGGAUGUUAGGUAAUAUAAGGCGUAAUGAGAGUGAGACAGGAUGUUAGGUAAUAUAAGACGUAAUGAGAGUGAGACAGGAUGUUAGGUAAUAUAAGACGUAAUGAGAGUGAGACAGGAUGUUAGGUAAUAUAAGACGUAAUGAGAGUGAGACAGGAUGUUAGGUAAUAUAAGACGUAAUGAGAGUGAGACAGGAUGUUAGGUAAUAUAAGACGUAAUGAGAGUGAGGACAGGAUGUUAGGUAAUAUAAGACGUAAUGAGAGUGAGACAGGAUGUUAGGUUAAUAUAAGACGUAAUGAGAGUGAGACAGGAUGUUAGGUAAUAUAAGACGUAAUGAGAGUGAGACAGGAUGUUAGGUAAUAUAAGACGUAAUGAGAGUGAGACAGGAUGUUAGGUAAUAUAAGACGUAAUGAGAGUGAGACAGGAUGUUAGGUAAUAUAAGACGUAAUGAGAGUGAGACAGGAUGUUAGGUAAUAUAAGACGUAAUGAGAGUGAGACAGGAUGUUAGGUAAUAUAAGACGUAUGAGAGUUGAGACAGGGAUGUUAGGUUAAUAUAAGACGUAAUGGAGUGAGGACAGGAUGUUGGAAUAUAAGACGUAGAGAGGAGACAGGAUGUUAGGAAUAUAAGACGUAAUGAGAGUGAGACAGGAUGUUAGGUAAUAUAAGACGUAAUGAGAGUGAGACAGGAUGUUAGGUAAUAUAAGACGUAAUGAGGCCAUACUUGACAACAUUAGCAAGAGUUUCAGUUCGAGGUUAAGUUUAAGUUUAAGCAUCAGCUAAUUACAAUGCUAACCUCACCAGGGGCUAACCUCCCAUCAGAUAACCUGGCCACAUGUUAGCCCUAUGCUAACCUCACCAGGGGCUAACCUCCCAUCAGAUAACCUGGCACUGUAGCCCUAUGCUAACCUCACCAGGUGGCUAAACCUUCCCAUCAGAUAACCUGGCACAUGUUAGCCCUAUGCUAACCUCACCAGGGGCUAACCUCCCAUCAGAUAACCUGGCACAUGUUAGCCCUAUGCUAACCUCACCAGGUGGCUAACCUCCCAUCAGAUAACCUGGCACAUGUUAGCCCUAUGCUAACCUCACCAGGGGCUAACCUCCCAUCAGAUAACCUGGCACAUGUUAGCCCUAUGCUAACCUCACCAGGGGCUAACCUCCCAUCAGAUAACCUGGCACAUGUUAGCCCUAUGCUAACCUCACCAGGUGGCGGUGAUUAUUUCCUGUAACACAUUCCUCAUCAGCCGAUCAAAGAUCUUAAACUUUUUCUCCACAAACCAAUGGCAUUCCUUAAAUAGGUCAACCUCCAAAUUCAAGGUUUACAUGUAUCCCUCUGGUGGCCGAGUUGACCUAUUGUAAGGAAUGCAAAUUGGUUUGUGCAGAAAAAGUUUAAGAUCUUUGAUAGGUUGAUAAGGAAUUUGUUACAGGAAAUAAUCACUGCCACCUGGUGAGGUUAGCAUAGGGCUAACAUGUGCCAGGUUAUCUGAUGGGACCAGCUACAAUAUAGCAUUCUAUCACGUGACACUACGUCAACGAUUUGAAUUAAUGCUUGAACUUAAACUAAUGUUUGCAAGUAUGGCCCCAAUGGGAUGAGUUAUUUAAAACAGCUUUCCAUAACUGAAACGUGCCAUUAAGUGUUGUUUAAAAAAAAAAAUGUUGUUUACACAGGAGUAUCCCACUGUUAUGGUUGGAGUGUUCAUCGAACAGCCCACUCCUUUCCUCUCCGAAUUCUUCCAGAGACUUGUGACCCUCGACUACCCCAAAGAUAAACUCAACGUCUUUGUACAUAACAACGUGAGUAACUGCAGCUGGAUUGGCUCAAUGAUGGGGUCCAAGACACAGCUCCUAAUCCAUCAAUUAUGUGAUCUCCGUUCUCUCUCUCUCUUUAACUAUAAUAUUAGUAAUAACUAUGUGUCUAUUGUUCCCUCUACUAGAGAGAGAGAGAGGAGAUAGAGGGGGAGAGAGGAGAGAUAGGGGGGAGAGAGUAGAGAUAGAUAGCGAGAGAGGGGAGAGAGGAGAGAGAUAGGAGAGAGAGAGCAUCUCUAUAAGAGGAGCCGCGAUCAGAGCUAGACGAGUAGAUCUCUCUCUAUAUCUCUCGUCUCUCUAUCUCUCUCUGCUAUCUCUCUCUCUCUCUAUCUCUCUCUCUCUCUCUAUCUCUCUCUCUCUCUCUCUUCAGGAGGUUUACCAUGAGAGACACAUCCAGAGGUUUUGGGAGGAGAGUAAAGAUGUGUUCAACAGCUUCAAGGUUGUGGGUCCAGAGGAGAACUUGAGCCAAGGACAGGCCAGAAACAUGGGCAUGUACGUAUGUUACCCUGUGUCUGUGAUGAUUCCUCCUUCCUUUCACAGAGACAUUCUUCAUCUCAGACGUGUUAUUUGAUGAGAAAAAAAAUGAAUUAAUAACAAGCUUACAUUGCCACGUUCCAUGAAAGGCUACAGAGAAAUUAGCCUUAAGUAAUCGUCAAAGUAAAUAUGCAAAUCAAGAAGCUCAGUCACUCUGAUGUUGAGUUGGAAACGCUUCAGUGUCUAAAGACAAGCACGGGUUUUUCCAUUGGUGUCAAAAGAUUUCAAAUAGAUGAAGGUAGAAAAAAAGACACAUCUGUCAGAUGUUUAGCCUGAAACAGAUCCGCAGCUUGUUUUACAUUAAAGGAGACAAUGUAGACAGGAAACCCACUGGACACAACACGUCAUUCAGAACUAAACCCACUGGACACAACACGUCAUUCAGAACUAAACCCACUGGACACAACACGUCAUUCAGAACUAAACCCACUGGACACAACACGUCAUUCAGAACUAAACCCACUGGACACAACACGUCAUUCAGAACUAAAUCCACUGGACACAACACGUCAUUCAGAACUAAACCCACUGGACACAACACGUCAUUCAGAACUAAACCCACUGGACACAACACGUCAUUCAGAACUAAACCCACUGGACACAACACGUCAUUCAGAACUAAACCCACUGGACAGAACACGUCAUUCAGAACUAAACCCACUGGACACAACACGUCAUUCAGAACUAAACCCACUGGACACAACACGUCAUUCAGAACUAAACCCACUGGACACAACACGUCAUUCAGAACUAAACCCACUGGACACAACACGUCAUUCAGAACUAAACCCACUGGACACAACACAUCAUUCAGAACUAAACCCACUGGACACAACACGUCAUUCAGAACUAAACCCACUGGACACAACACAUCAUUCAGAACUAAACCCACUGGACACACCACAUCAUUCAGAACUAAACCCACUGGACACACCACAUCAUUUCAAUGUGGAAAUGUUGAUAAUAUUUGGUUGAGACGUUGAUCAAUGAGAUUUCAACCUUUAUUAAAAAAAAGACAACCAUGAAGUUUGUGGAUUUGUUUUCACUGCGCAGUCAACCAUUUAAAAGUACAACAAAGUUCAAAUGGGAAGACAAUGUCAGAUAUUGUGUUUAUUUAUACUUUAUUUAACUAGGCAUGUCAGUUAAGAACAAAUUCUUAUUUACAAUGACGGCCUACACCGGCCAAACCCGGACGACGCUGGGCCAAUUGUGCGCCGCCCUAUGGGACUCCCAAUCACGGCCGGUUGUGAUACAGCCUGGAAUCGAACCAGGGGGUCUGUAGUGACGCCUCAAGCACUGAGAUGCAGUGCCUUUGACCGCUGCGCCACAUUUAAAGUUUAAUUCGAUUAGAUUUACAUGUUCAACCUUAAGAUGAGCAACACAUCCAUGACCACAUUUUGAGGUUAGCCUACUGUAACUGUAAAAUGUAUGUAAUCAUCGAAAGCGUACAUGUUCAAGAUAGCAUGCAAAGGUCGCAGGUCUGUGGAGAUCUUCACAAUUGCUAUAAUAAUCUGGCAGAAUCUCCAACAGCAUUAACCACUGGCACAAUUAACUUUUAAAGUAAUCUCAACUGAAAUCCAGGUCAUUUGGUUGAGAUAUUAGAUGAAGCACAGUGAUUACACAUUAAUCUGUUGUUUAAAAAAAAAAACGUAUCAAUUACUAAUUUGUAGACAAAUUUGAAAUUAACCAAAGCUUGAAACCUUAGGCCAAUAUGGAUUGUCUAUUUUUAGUUGAACCCUGGUUUGAAUUGAAACAAUAGCUGUUAAUGGCUUUGCAAAAUGCUAUGUAGGCCUAAAUAGUACCAUUGAUGAUACUGUAUAUGACUUAUAAAGUAUGGUUACAUUUCAUUUGCUCUAUUAAACCUACCUUUUGGAAUGACUUCGCUAGCAACAGUGAAUCUAUUUAGUUAUUAAGAGAUCUCUCAACCAUCAUUCUCACAAUAGCACAUUGGUAGUAGUCAGUGAUAAAUAUCAAAGCUAAGCAGGGCUGGGCUUUGUUAAAACCCUGGAUAGGUAGCUUUAGACGUGCUGGCCAGCUAGUUUUUUUUCUGAUAGUGGGUAUAACGUUGAAGAUCUAACGUUGUUUCAAAGGUACAAAUUCAACAUUUUAAAGAAGGUUUGUCUAUGUUGAAAAUUGGUUACAAUGAUAACAUAAUUAUGUGGUUGAAAUUUCACCCUCAAAACAACAGUUUACUUUGAUGACUUUUUUCAAAUCCUCUGUAUUUUCCAUGUAGAUUCCACAUCACAAUACGUUGACAAAUUACGUUGAAACAAAGUUGAUUCAACCGGUUUGUGCCCAGUGGGAAGAAAGUAUUUCUGAUGCUAAACAGAUCUACAGCUCGUCUCAUCUGAAACCAGAGCUUCGGAGACCAGUGUCAAACCUUCCCCCCUCACCUCACCUCGUUGCAGAGAGACUAGGGCCCCCUAUCCCUCUAUAUCUGUAUCCCUCUAUCCCCCGCAUCCCAUAUCCCCCUAAUCACCAUAUCCCUGCAUCCCCCAUAUCCCUGCAUCCCCCAUAUCCCCCUAAUCACCAUAUCCCUGCAUCCCCCAUAUCCCCCUAAUCACCAUAUCUCUGUAUCCCCCAUAUCUCUGUAUCCCCCAUAUCCCCCUAAUCACCAUAUCUCUGUAUCCCCCAUAUCCCCUGAAUCAACAUAUCCCUGCAUCCCCCAUAUCCCCUAAUCACCAUAUCUCUGUAUCCCCCUAUCCCCCUCAAUUCCAUAUCCCCUAUAUCCCCCUAUCCUCAUAUCCCCGCAUCACCCUAUCCCCAUAUCCCCCCAUCCCCUAUCUCCCUAUCCCGUUAUCUCUGUAUCCCCCAUCACCCUAUCCCCAUUAUCCCCCCAUCCCCUAUCUCCCUAUCCCGUUAUCUCUGUAUCCCCCAUCACCCUAUCCCCAUUAUCCCCCCAUCCCCUAUCUCCCUAUCCCGUUAUCUCUGUAUCCCCCAUCACCCUAUCCCCAAUCUCCCUAUCCCGUUAUCUCUGUAUCCCACAUCACCCUAUCCCCAUUAUCCCCCCAUCCCAUAUCUCCCUAUCCCGUUAUCUCUGUAUCCCCCUAUCCCACCAUUGAUAACUAACUCUCUGUAGUAGAGAAUUAGCAGAGAGUAAUGUUUACUUAGGAUCUAAUAAUUGGUAACUUGCAAAGUAGGAUUUAUGUCAAAGUAUAUGCUUGGCAGUUCAGCAGGCCAUCAUCACGUUGUCAGUUUAAUUGAUCAGUGAUUGAUUAGAUGUUUGUUUUCUCCAUAUCGAUAACCCAGGGGGCUGUGUCGUAAGGACCCGAGCUGUGACUUCUAUCUCAGUAUGGAUACUGACGUGAUGCUCACCAACAAACAGACCCUGAAAAUCCUCAUUGAGCAGAAUAGGUAUGGUGUUCAUUUUCAUUUCAUUUUCUUGCAAUUCUUUACAUUUUAGUCAUUUAGCAGACGCUCAUACUGCCCCCCCCCCCCCCGUGGGAAUCAAACCCACAACCUUGGCGUUGCAAGCGCCAUGCUCUACCAACUGAGCUAAACGGUAUUGUAUGACUGUCUCAAGUUAGGGUUAAGGGUUAGAUCAGGCCAUUUGAACAGAACAGGUAUGAUGUCUUUAUAGUGUUGCGGCUGUUUCUAUUCAGGGGGAUUGUCUUAUGGGCAGAAGUCCAAUGAUCUAACAUGCAUGUUAUGGGGUGUAUAAGGAGCAGGGACUCUUAUUGUGUUAAUGCUGCUGGCCAUAAGGAAGAGGGACUCUUAUUGUGUUAAUGUUAACAGUCUAUGACAGUUUUUUCUCUCUUUUCCGUCCCCUUGAGUUUUCAAGCGUCGUCUCUUUAAACCAGAUGUCUUUGUGGUGGUGGCAGACCUGUGACACAGUGGAGCCCUGGUCUGAGUCCCAAAUGGCACCCUAUUCCCUAUAGCUCUAUGGGCCCUGGUCAAAAGUAGUGCACGACUUAGGGAAUAGGGUGCUGUUUAAGACUCAGCCCUGGAGGUCCGAAGAGAAAAGCCCUCUGGGUUAUUUAAAGAGGCCAUGGGAACUCUCAUCUCCGUCUUCGACUCUGGACAUUCAGAAUUUCAUUGUUGUCCAUCCCAUUUCCCAUAUUGUAGAUGAACACUGUAAUUUAUGGUAAUGUAUCCUCCAUAAGUUGUUUUUCCUCAGGAAUCACGAUCGCUCCGUUCUUUAUGAUAUUCGUGGCUUUGAAAAUAUAGUGUUUUGAGCUCCAAUGGCGGGUUGUGUGUCUGUGUCUCACGCACAUUUAAACGCAAAACUCACACUGGGAGGCCUUGUGCCUGCUACCAUUAUUUAGUAGCUGACCAGCAGAAUGCCUGUGUGAAUUCAGUAUAGUAUAGGCUACCAUUAUAUUAUGUCCGGUUUACUGUAAUAUGGCCCAGUGAGGUUCUGGUCUAGCUGGUCCACUUUGGGGGUUGAGUUGAGUUCUGAGAUGCAGGAUGUUUUGGAUGUUUGUUACACCACUAAGGCACCCAGUGUAUCUGGUGGCUGACUUUCCGGGAAAUGACACCUAGUUAUAUGCUGUUUGACAGAAUUACUCUCUCUCUGUCUCUCUCUGCCUUGCUCUCUCUGUCUCUCAAUUCAAUUCAAGGCAUGGGAAUCAUUGCCAAAGCAAGUGAAAUGGAUAAAGAAAAGUGAAAUCAACACUAAAAAGUGAACAGUAACUAUUACACUCACACAAGUUCCAAAAGAGUAAAGACAUUUCAAAUGUUAUGUUCUGUCUGUUGCGGUGACCGUAUUACCGCCACACCGGCGGUCACGAGUCAUGAAGGCAGGUAGCAUAGUGGUUAAGAGCGUUGUGCCAGUAACCGAAAGGUUGCUGGUUCUCAUCCCUGAGCCGACUACGUGAAAAAUCUGCUGAUGUGCCCUUGAGCAAGGCACUUAACCCUAAUUGCUCCUGUAAGUCGCUCUGGAUAAGGGCGUCUGCUAAAUGACUAAAAUGUAAAUUCCACGUGACCAUUUAGUCAUGGUAAUUAGGCUUCUCCAAGCUCUGAUGCUGCUGCUGGUCAUUAGCAGCCUACCAAACUUGCUAACUGCCUGGUACUCAGCACUCUAUUGUCCCUCUAAUCACUCUGACAUCAAUGCAAAUGUAUUCGAAAAUCUAAUCAAAACACUUCAUGAGAGCCCAUGAGCUCAUGUUGUUGUCAACAUUUCUAUAGGCUAUGCAACUGCGAGAGAAAACAGAGUGAUGGCCUCUAUUAAAAAGAGGAGGAUCCCAUCAGCUUUCUAUAGGCUAGGCCUAAUAUAUUUAUUUAUCUACUUUCCUAAUAUUAAACACAUUGCUUCGCUUUACAACAGGAGUAUAGCCUACCUGGCUGGCAUGAAAAUGAACCUUGGGAAAAGCGUCCUCCAUUCCUUAUUUAAGUGCACAGAUGACAUGUAUUUUUACCGCUGCCCCUGUUUCGAGACAGGUGUAUCACAACUAAAGUGGCCAAAUAACUUCUUAAAAUUAAGCACAUUCAUCUGCUCUACAAGGGUUUUAGAGCCUAACUGGCAUACAUAAGCAGCGCGUGAGUUUCAAGAUUGGGGAAGAUAAUUUCCACCAUAAAAAUGCACUUUUAUAAUAAAAGCAUUACAUGCAUAAUCACAUUUGCGGUCUCAUUUGAUAAUGGUGUUUUCCCGCUAAUGGAACAUUUGCGCUUAUAGCCUACUGCCAUGUGCGCAUUGCUGCGCUUAUAAUGGGAAGAAAUAGCCUGAUAGUUUAUCAACAUUUUAAGCUAAACGUUCUGAUCUGUUGUGUCAGCCACAUUGUGUAUUUGUUUUAUUUUAUUUUUGAUAAAAGUGGUUGUAUUAACUUGGGAUCUAUUGCAUCCCACAACAAGGAUGCACGCAGUUGCGUCCCAGAAGUGUCUGUCUUCACUUGUAGCCUGUGAGAAAGACCCGAUGUGAUCUUGUGAUCACGUGAUGCAGCGAGCAGCACUCAGAGAGAAGGGCACAACAAAGGCUAGUUUUUACAUUAAAUAGCAAAUCACCAGUACAUUACGGCCACAAAGGGGAUGCCGCUGUGAAAUUCGAGGCAUUAUCAAGUGCUUGUCAAAAUUGUGAAUGAGAGACUAAUGAAGUGUGUACAGCCUGCUCAAAAAAACAAAGCAGAGCUUAUGCCUUUCAAACACCUUUUUUCAAAUCAUCAUUAGAGUCAAAUCAUGCAGCCUUAAAAUCUGUUAAAAUCUGUUAAAAAUCUAAAAUCUAAACAUAUAGCCCAACGUUUGUAGAACAACUAAAGUUACAUUAAUGACUCUAAAUUAAGCAUAUACACUACCGGUCAAAAGUUUUAGAACACCUACUCAUUAAAGGGUUUUUCUUUAUUUUUGUUACUAUUUUCUACAUUGUAGAAUAAUAGUGAAUACAUCAAAACUAUUAAAUAACACAUAUGGAAUCAUGUAGUAACCAAAGGAGUGUUAAACAAAUCAAAACAUAUUUUAUAUUUGAGAUUCUUCAAAUAGCCACCCUUUGCCUUGAUGACAGCUUUGCACGCUCUUGGCGUUCUCUCAAGCAGCUUCACCUGGAAUGUUUUUCCAACAGUCUUGAAGGAGUUCCCACAUAUGCUGAGCACUUGUUGGCUGCUUUUCCUUCACUCUGCCGUCCGACUCAUCCCAAACCAUCUCAAUUGGGUUGAGGUCGGGUGAUUGUGGAGGCCAGGUCAUCUGAUGCAGCACUCCAUCACUCUCCUUCUUGGUAAAAUAGCCCUUACACAGCCUGGAGGUGUGUUGGGUCAUUGUCCUGUUGAAAAACAAAUGAUAGUCCCAUUAAGCCCAAACCAGAUGGGAUGGCGUAUCGCUGCAGAAUACUGUGGUAGCCAUGCUGGUUAAGUAUGCCUUGAAUUCUAAAUAAAUCACAGACAGUGUCACCAGCAAAGCACCCCCACACCAUAACACCACCUCCUCCAUGCUCUUUUGGUUACUACAUGAUUCCAUAUGUGUUAUUUCAUAGUUUUGAUGUCUUCACUAUUAUUCUACAAUGUAGAAAAUAGUAAAAAAAAACUUGAAUGAAUAGGUGUUCUAAAACUUUUGAUCGGUAGUGUAGGAGUACCUAUUUCUUCGUUUCUCAACACAGAAUGUGCACACUCCCUCAAAUCGUUUGGAGAAAAUAUUUAUAUUUUAUUCAGCUUUGUUCAGUUGUAUUCUUCAUACUAUAAAAUAAUAUAAUAUAAUGUCACGUAAUGUCUGCUAAAUGAACUAGUGUAGCCAACAGCCAUAUGGCAUAGCCACAUCAGGACUUAACAUAAGGACAACUCAGAGUAUGCUAUUCUGUUCAAUUUUCUUCAUAUCAUGCUUCUUUAGACCUUUCUAAAAUAAAUAAUGGAUUUAUUGUGAUGGUGUAGGCUAUAUUACAUGGAUUUAUUAGACUUUUUUAAAUGUAGAUUUUCCAAAGGUCUGCAUCAGUGGCUUGUAGGCAAUGUGUGGAAGCCAGGAGACGCUAAAUGUGUUUAUGUUAAUUAACGGUCAAUUACCAUUAGACCAACAGUUAUUCGCUUGACAUUUCGUGACCGCCACAGCCCUAAUUAUGUCUAUAUACAGUGUUGUAACGAUGUGCAAAUGAAAUAAAGUUAAUAAAUAAACAUAAAUAUGGGUUGAAUUUACAAUGGUGUUUGUUCUUCACUGGUUGCCCUUUUCUUGUGGCAACAGGUCACAAAUCUUGCUGCUGUGAUGGCACACUGUGGUUUUUCACCCAGUAGAUAAGGGAGUUUAUCAAAAUUGGGUUUGUUUUCAAAUUCUUUGUGGAUCGCUGUAAUCUGAGGGAAAUAUGUGUCUCUAAUAUGGUCAUACAUUUGGCAGGAGGUUAGGAAGUGCAGCUCAGUUUCCACCUCAUUUUGUGGGCAGUGUGCACAUAGCCUGUCUUCUCUUGAGAGCCAGGUCUGCCUACGGCGGCCUCUCUCAAUAGCAAGGCUAUGCUCACUGAGUCUGUACAUAGUCAAAGCUUUCCUUAAUUUUGGGUCAGUCACAGUGGUCAGGUAUUCUGCCACUGUGUACUCUCUGUUAGGAGCCAAAUAGCAUUGUAGUUUUUUGUUAAUUCUUUCCAAUGUGUCAAGUAAUUAUCUUUUUGUUUUCUCAUGAUUUGGUUGGGUCUAAUUGUGUUGUUGAUGUCCUGGGGCUCUGUGGGGUCUGUUUGUGUUUGUGAACAGAGCCCCAGGACCAGCUUACUUAGGGGACUCUUCUCAAGGUUAAUUUCUCUGUAGGUGAUGGCUUUGUUAUGGAAGGUCUGGGAAUCGCUUCCUUUUAAGUGGUUGUAGAAUUUAACAGCUCUUUUCUGGAUUUUGAUAAUUAGCUGGUAUCGGCCUAAUUCUGCUCUGCAUACAUUAUUUGGUUUUUUACGCUAUACACAGAGGAUAUAUUAGCAGAAUUCUGCAUGCAGAGUCUCAAUUUGGUGUUUGUCCCAUUUUGUGAAUUCUUGGUUGAGAGCAGACCCCAGACCUCACAACCAUAAAGGGCAAUGGGUUCUAUAACUGAUUCAAGUAUUUUUAGUCAGAUCCUAAUCAGUUUGUCGAAUUUUAUGUUCCUUUUGAUGGCAUAGAAGGCCCUUCUUGCCUUGUCUCUCAGAUCGUUGACAGCUUUGUGGAAGUUACCUGUGGCGCUGAUGUUUAGGCCGAGGUAUGUAUCGUUUUUUGUGUGCUCUAGGGCAACGGUGUCUAGAUUUAAUUUUGUGGUCCUGGCAACUGGACCUUUUUUGGAACACCAUUAUUUUUGUCUUACUGAGAUUUACUGUCAGGGCCCAGGUCUGACAGAAUCUGUGCAGAAGAUCUAGGUGCUGCUGUAGGCCCUCCUUGGUUAGUGACAGAAACACCAGAUCAUCAACAAACAGUAGACAUUUGACUUCAGAUUCUAGUAGGGUGAGGCCGGGUGCUGCAGACUGUUCUAGUGCUCUUGCCAAUUUGUUGAUACAUACAUGCUGUAAUCAAACCCACAAUUGCUGAUGCUCCAGAUACUCAACUAGUCUCAAGAAGGCCAGUUGUAUUGCUUCUUUAAUCAGCACAAUCGUUUUCAGCUGUGCUAACAUAAUUGCAAAAGGGUUUUCUAAUGAUCAAUUAGCCUUUUCAAAUGAUAAACUUGGAUUAGCAAACACAACGUGCCAUUGGAACACAGGACUGAUGGUUGCUGAUAAUGGGCCUCUGUACGCCUAUGUAGAUAUUCCAUUAAACAUAAUCCGUUUCCAGCUACAAUAGCCAUUUACAACAUUAACAAUGCCUACACUGUAUUUCUGAUAAAUUUGAUGUUAUUUUAAUGGACAAAAAAAAUGAUUUUCUUUCGACAACAAGGAAAUCUCUAAGUAACCCCAAACCUUUGAACGGUAGAGUAGGUAGCACAUAUGAGGACAUUUUUCUCUGUUGAGAUAAUUUCCUCAUUAAUUUCUAGCCAGAUUUAAAAUGUUCCUGUUUUGACUAAUUUAAUAGAGUGGAUUAGGUCUGCUCUAUACCAAAUUAGCAUACCCCCCUGAGUCUCUUCCCUGUUUCUACUCUGCAGGAACAUAAUUGGUCCCCUUGUCACUCGUCAUGGAAAGCUGUGGUCCAACUUCUGGGGAGCGUUGAGUCUGGAUGGUUACUACGCCCGUUCUGAAGACUACAUCGACAUCGUGCAGAGCAAGCGUGUGUAAGUCUCCUAUCCUCAACCAAUGGGGUUGGGACUUCAUAUAAACCAUCACUCCUGUAUAUCUCAUGUGUAAAACAUUCUGUUCAAUGGCUUAUUUGUAUAUUUUGGAGUAUUACUGUUUCUCACUGAUCUGUUUCAGUGCCAGAAUAAUAUGCCUUUAAACCAUGAAAGCUGCUAGUUAGUGUACUAGGUUGGCAGAGCCGGGGUUUAUGGGUUACUAGUUAGUGUACUAGGUUGGCAGGGCCGGGGUUUAUGGGUUACUAGUUAGUGUACUAGGUUGGCAGGGCCGGGGUUUAUGGGUUACUAGUUAGUGUACUAGGUUGGCAGGGCCAGGGUUUAUGGGUUACUAGUUAGUGUACUAGGUUGGCAGGGCCAGGGUUUAUGGGUUACUAGUUAGUGUACUAGGUUUGUCAGGGCUGCAUUUUAUUGGUUACUAGUUAGUGUACUAGGUUGGCAGGGCCAGGGUUUAUGGGUUACUAGUUAGUGUACUAGGUUGGCAGGGCCAGGGUUUAUGGGUUACUAGUUAGUGUACUAGGUUGGCAGGGCCAGGGUUUAUGGGUUACUAGUUAGUGUACUAGGUUGGCAGGGCCAGGGUUUAUGGUUUACUAGUUAGUGUACUAGGUUGGCAGGGCCAGGGUUUAUGGGUUACUAGUUAGUGUACUAGGUUGGCAGGGCCAGGGUUUAUGGUUUACUAGUUAGUGUAAUAGGUUGGCAGGGCCAGGGUUUAUGGGUUACUAGUUAGUGUAAUAGGUUGGCAGGGCCGGGGUUUAUGGUUUACUAGUUAGUGUAAUAGGUUGGCAGGGCCAGGGUUUAUGGGUUACUAGUUAGUGUAAUAGGUUGGCAGGGCCGGGGUUUAUGGUUUACUAGUUAGUGUAAUAGGUUGGCAGGGCCAGGGUUUAUGGGUUACUAGUUAGUGUAAUAGGUUGGCAGGGCCAGGGUUUAUGGUUUACUAGUUAGUGUAAUAGGUUGGCAGGGCCGGGGUUUAUGGUUUACUAGUUAGUGUAAUAGGUUGGCAGGGCCAGGGUUUAUGGGUUACUAGUUAGUGUACUAGGUUGGCAGGGCCAGGGUUUAUGGUUUACUAGUUAGUUUAAUAGGUUGGCAGGGCCAGGGUUUAUGGUUUACUAGUUAGUGUACUAGGUUGGCAGGGCCGGGGUUUAUGGUUUACUAGUUAGUGUACUAGGUUGGCAGGGCCAGGGUUUAUGGUUUACUAGUUAGUGUAAUAGGUUGGCAGGGCCAGGGUUUAUGGGUGAUGUGAGUGAACUAGGUUGGCAGGGCCAGGGUUUAUGGUUUACUAGUUAGUGUACUAGGUUGGCAGGGCCAGAGUUUAUGGGUUACUAGUUAGUGUACUAGGUUGGCAGGGCCAGGGUUAAUGGGUUACUAGUUAGUGUACUAGGUUGGCAGGGCCAGGGUUUAUGGGUUACUAGCAGGGGUUUAUGGUUUACUAGUUAGUGUACUAGGUUGGCAGGGCCAGGGUUUAUGGGUUACUAGUUAGUGUACUAGGUUGGCAGGGCCAGGGUUUAUGGGUGAUGUGAGUGAAUGGUUGUGUGCAAAAUAAAACGUCAGGAGGAUAAUUGGUGAUUAUCUCAUUGCAUCAACACCGCAGACAAAAUAAUGGAUCAUGUGUUUCCCGCAUCCCAUACUCUGCCAAGGAUCCCACCAAGACCUCUCUUCCUAAACCAGACCUCUGUCUUCCUAAACCAGACCCCUGUCUUCCUAAACCAGACCCCUGUCUUCCUAAACCAGACCUCUGUCUUCCUAAACCAGGAGUGUGAUCAUAUUCCCGGUCAAGCGUGACACGUUGAAUAUAAUAAUAUAAUGAAAAAUAUCUAUUGCAGCUCAUUAAUAGAAGAUGGUCAGAACUAAAACGAUAAACCGACCCGUUGUCUAAACCAGUACUAUAGUCUAGCGAGAGAGGACGAGCGGGCAAGCGGACGCGAUAAGCGAGUAUGAGAUGAGAGAGCUAUGGAGCUAGAGCGCUGAGAUUGGGAGCGCAUAACGGAGGUAGCUGAGCUUCAUUGACAUGGCCGUCUAGGGAGGAGAGCAGAGAGCGGAGAGAGCGAGACGAGGACGCGUAGGUAGAGAAUGUAAGAGAGCUAGCGAUGAGCUCGCGAGGAUCGGCCAGUAGCGCGUCCUAUCGAUCUCUCCUCUCUCUAUCUCUCUUUCUCUUUUCUCUUUUUCUCUCUCUUCUCUUCUCUUCUCUCUCUCUCUCUCUCUCUCUCCUCACCCGUUCUCUCUCUCUUCUCCUCUCUCUCUCCUCUCUCUUCUCUCUGCUCACUCACCCCGUAUCUCUCUCUCUCUCUCUCUCUCUCUCUCUCUCUCGCUCCUCUCUUAGGGGCGUAUGGAACAUUCCUUACAUGGCUCAUAUCUACCUGAUAAAGGGAGAGGUCCUGAGGAACGAGCUGAAGGAGAGGAACCAUUUUGUUUUGGAGAAACUGGAUCCUGACAUGGCUCUGUGCAGGAACGCUAGAGAACUGGUAAAACCGCUCAGAUAACCUAGUAUAAGAACCAGAAUUAUAUACUUAGCAGCUCUUGAAUUGACAAUAAUACUCUGUUUAGAAUAUGAGAGUUUUCAGGACAUCUGGUUGAUAUAUAAUAGAUUAUACAGGACAUCUGGUUGUUUGUCAGUGUAAGGGCCCACUGCCUCUGACUCUUCCUCUGUGUUGUCAACUGUCCAGACCUCUGUCUUCCUAAACCAGACCUCUGUCUUCCUAAACCAGACCUCUGUCUUCCUAAACCAGACCUCUGUCUUCCUAAACCAGACCUCUGUCUUCCUAACCCAGACCUCUGUCUUCCUAAACCAGACCUCUGUCUUCCUAAACCAGACCUCUGUUUUCCUAAACCAGACCUCUGUCUUCCUAAACCAGUUCACUUAUGUUAGGUUUAUGUUAGGGUUAUGUUAGGUUAUGUUAGGUUAUGUUAGUUUAUGUUAGGUUAUGUUAGGUUAUGUUAUGUUAGGUGAUGUUAGUUUGUGUUAGAUUAUGUUGAGUUAAGUUAUGUAAUGUUUGGUUAUGUUACUUUAUGUUAGGUGAUGUUAUGUUAUGUUUGGUUAUUUUAUGUUUUGUUAGGUUAUGUUUAUCUUUAAUCAACCAGAUGUCCUGUAUAUGUUAGUUUAUGUUAGUUUAUGUUAUGUUCGUUUAGGUUUUGUUAGUUUAGUUUAUCUUAUAUCAAUCAAAUGUCCUGUAUAUAUUAGGUUAUGUUAAUUUAUAUUAGGUUAUAUUAGGUAAAAUAAAAUAAAAUAAAAUAAAUUAGAUUAUGUUAGUUUCUGUUAAGUUAUGUUAGCUUGGGUUAUGUUAUGUUAGUUAAUGAUAGUUUAUGUUAGAUUAGGUUAUGUUAGGUUAUGUUAUGUUACUUUAUGUUAUGUUAGGUUAUGUUAUGUUACUUUAUGUUAUAUUAGGUUAUGUUAGGUUAUAUUAUGUUACUUUAUCUUAUGUUAUGUUAUGUUAGUGUAUGUUAUGUUAGGUUAUAUUAGGUUAUGUUAUGUUAUGUUAGGUUAUGUUAUAUUAGGUUUUGUUAUGUUAUGUUAGGUUAUGUUAUGUUAGGUUAUGUUAUGUUAGGUUAUGUUAUGUUAGGCUAUGUUAGUGUAUGUUAUGUUAUGUUAUGUUAGGUUAUGUUAUGUUAGGUUAUGUUAGUGUAUGUUAUGUUAUGUUAGGUUAAAUUAGGUUAUGUUAUGUUAGGUUAUGUUAUGUUAGGCUAUGUUAGUGUAUGUUAUGUUAUGUUAGGUUAUAUUAAGUUAUGUUAUGUUAUGUUAUGUUAUGUUAUGUUAUGUUAGGCUAUGUUAGUGUAUGUUAGGUUAUGGUAGGCUAUGUUAUCUCUAUGUGUCGCCAUAUGCUGUGGUAUCAUGUACCUAGUCUGUCUCCAUGUGCUGUCUAUCUGUCUGUCUGUCCUUAAGGCAUGAUCUCCAGCGUCUUUGGUGCGUUCAGGGCUUCACUGGUCCCAUCAUUUAACACCUCUCCUCUCCUCUUCUGCUCCUCUAUGUCAUGUGACCAUGUCCAACCAAUGGGAAUGUCUGGCCUGCUUCCAAACCUUGUGUUUUUUUGUUGACUUUGAACUAGUCUAUCUAGUCUGUCUGUCCAGCUGUCCUUCAUGGCAUUCCGUCACGUGUCGCCCCAUGCUAACUCAUACUACCACGGAGCUCUGCUCUGAGCGUAUGUAUCUCUACAUCGCUUCCCUCUGUCCCAGCAUGCAAUGCUUCCUAAGAUAAUAACCACCAAAACAUCAGCUUCAGAGGGAAUCUCGGUCUUCCUCAAUUUAAUGCAGCAGGCUCAUCUCCUCUCCUUCCCACCCUGCCUAAUCCUCCUGUAUGUUACAUCUUACCCGACCUAUCAAUCUAGCUCUCUCUCUCUGCCAAAAGUAAUGUUACAACAUUUACAUGGUGCUUUUCCUUCGUUUUAGACCAAUCACAGAGAAAAAGACUCCCCCAACCCGGAAACAUUCCAUAUGCUCAGAGUUCCAAAGGUUUUUAACUGCUUUCAUUAUUCUACUUGGUGUCAAUAUCAAUGUCCAAUGGGUUUACAAUGUAGGCUCUGUUCAACCAAUAUAAGCAUGUCCGACAGUGGUAGGAAACCAUUUGGUAUUUUAAAAGAUGAUAUCAUCCACCCUAUGAAAUUGAGGAAUCAGUCCCUGAACUCUUAUGAACAUGUUUUCCCAUCAGAGCAUUACAAGAUCACCCAUUAUAGAGCUGUUUAUGUGAUAAAUGAUUAUAUGAACAUAAAAGCAUGGAAUCAUCUCUAGAGAUGUCUGCCGAGGCCUCUUAGAGGAGCUCUGCCAAACCAAUAGCGAUUAAGCUGUCUAUCUCACUGGCCUAACCCUUUGGAAAGUGAUGUUGACCUACCUGUCAUGACUGAGGUUAGAUACACAGGAAGCACCUGUUUUUCAUCAUAUAUUUUAUCGUCAAUCCAUUAAAAAGCUCUUAUAGUGCGGUCCCUUCAGUGCCGCGAGGAGUAUUUGGAAGGAGGAAUAACGAUCGGAUCCGUCCGCGAUAGUACGUAGCUAUAGUAACGUAGCUAUAGUAACGUAGCUAUAUUAACGGAGCUAUAAACAGAGCUAUAAACGGAGCUAUAGUAACAGAGCUAUAGUAACGGAGCUAUCAUAACGGAGCUAUAGUAACGGAGCUAUAGUAACGGAGCUAUAGUAACGGAGCUAUAGUAACGGAGCUAUAGUAACGGAGCUAUAGUAACGGAGCUAUAGUAACGGAGCUAUAGUAACGGAGCUAUAGUAACGGAGCUAUAGUAACGGAGCUAUAGUAACGGAGCUAUAGUAACGGAGCUAUAGUAACGGAGCUAUGGUAACGGAGCUAUAGUAAUGGAGCUAUAGUAACGGAGCUAUAGUAACGGAGCUAUAGUAACGGAGCUAUAGUAACGGAGCUAUAGUAAUGGAGCUAUAGUAACGGAGCUAUUAGCACGAGAGCUAUAGUAACGGAGCUAUAGUAACAGAGCUAUAGUAACGGAGCUAUAGUAAUGGAGCUAUAGUAACGGAGCUAUAGUAACUGGAGCUAUAGUAACGGAGCUAUAGUAACGGGACACGCGAGCUAUAGUAACGGAGCUAUAGUAACGGAGUAUAGUAACGGAGCUAUAGUAACGAGAGCUAUAAUAACGGAGCUAUAGUAACGGAGCUAUAGUAACGGAGCUAUAGUCACGGAGCUAUAGUAACGGAGCUAUGUAACGGAGCUAUAGUAACGGAGCUAUAGUACGGAGCUAUAGUAACGGAGCUAUAGUCAACGGAGCUAUAGUAACGGAGCUAUGUAAUGGAGAUAUAGUAACGGAGCUAUAGUAACGGAGCUAUAUUAACGGAGCUAUAGUAACGGAGCUAUAGUAACGGAGCUAUAGUAACGGAGCUAUGAGUAACGGAGCUAUAGUAACGGAGCUAUAGUAACGGAGCUAUAGUAACGGAGCUAUAGUAACGGAGCUAUAGUAACGGAGCUAUAGUAACGGAGCUAUAGUAACGGAGCUAUAGUAACGGAGCUACAGUAACGGAGCUAUAUAACGGAGCUAUAGUAACGGAGCUAUAGUAACGGAGCUAUGGUAACAGAGCUUUGUUAAUGGAGCUAUAGUAACGGAGCUAUAGUAACGGAGCUAUAGUAACGGAGCUAUAGUAACGGAGCUAUGUAACAGAGUUGUAAUGGAGCUUAUGAGAACGGAGCUCUAUCACACUAUGUAACGGAGCUACUAGUAACGGAGCUUAGUAACGGAGCUAUAGCUGUAACGAGCUUGUUAUGGAGCUAAGUAACGAGCUAUAGUAACGGAGCAUAUAGUAACAGCUAUAUAACGGAGACUAUUGUUAAUGGAGCAUAGUAACGGAGGCUAUAGUAACGGAGCCUAUAGUAACGAGCAUAGAACGAGCUAUGGUACAGAGUUUGUUAAUGGGAGACUAUAGUAACGGCCACCUGCAAGUUCCAUGAUGCUUUAUCCCGCCCAGAGCCAAACCCUGAGCCCCCUCUCUCCCACAACUAUGUCACCAGCUUCUCUCCCCAACGCUCUGACCAUCUCAGACUAGGCUAGCUGAUCAGACCUCCGCUACACCUUUUUACUCCCAGCAGGACACACUUCCUCCAAAAACCACAUAAUUAAAAUCAUCAUUCAUAAAUUGGAGACAUAAUUCGCAUAAAUCAGAAAACAGAUGGUCUAAAAUCCAAAACAACAUAAACCUCCCAGCUCUGCAGUAAUUUGUCAAGGGGGAAAGACAGAAAACCUAGUCUGAAAGAGAGUCCAGUCCAGCCACCUGCCUCCCUCCCCCUACCAUGUCCCUACUGAACCCUCCCCUUCCUCCCCCUCUCCCUCCUUCCCCACUACCAUGUCCCUACUGAACCCUCCCCUCCCUACCCCCCCCUCCCCCCCUCCAUGUCCUCUCUCCCUCCCCUUACCAUGUCCCUCCUCACCCCUAAUGUCCUCCCUCCGUCUAACAUGUACCUCCUCAGGCCUCCCCUUCCAAACCUCUCCAUAAAUAAUCCAGUAUUAUUUAUUGACAUGUGGAUGUCAUUGUUUGGUUUCCUAAACACUUCAUCUGGAUAAGAGAGUCUGCUAAAUGACGUAAAUGUAAAUGUCAGAUAGUUUUCUAGUGAGACAUGUCAAUCUCUUACUAUUUACAAUAUAAUCUCUAUUCUUGUGUAUGCUUAGAAAACAGCUGUAAACUAUUUAAUAAACUCUGUCCACUACAGGGAAUGUUCAUGUACAUUACAAACCGUCAUGAGUUUGGAAGGCUAAUGUUACUUUCUCUGUCCACUACAGGGAAUGUUCAUGUACAUUACAAACCGUCAUGAGUUUGGAAGGCUAAUUUCCACAGCUAACUUUAACACAUCACAUUACAACAGUGAUCUGUGGCAAAUAUUUGAGAAUCCGAUGGUAAGUCCUCAUAUCCUCCCUCCCUACCUGUGUUAGUUUGUUAGAUAUGUUUUAUAGUAACCAUGGAUACGAUAGCCGAUUGUCUGCAUCAUUUGUAGUAAUGAAAAAUAUGAUGUGCAUAUGUAGUGAACUCUGAUUGGCUGAUAAUGACCUGUGAUUUACUGACUGAGUUCUGGGUUGUGUCUGGGAUUGUCUAGUGAGAGCAGAGUGUGAGAGGAUAAGCUGUGAGAGGUAUGCAGGUCAGUGAACAGACUAACGACCACUAAUCCAUUUCUCUCUCUCUCUCUCUCUCUCUCUCUCUCUCUCUCUCUCUCUCUCUCUCUCUCUCUCUCUCUCUCUCUCUAUGUCUCUGUCUCUGUCUCUGUCUCUGUCUCUGUCUCUCUCUCUCUCUCUCUCUCUCGCUCUCUCUCUCUCUCACUCUCUCUCUCUCUCGCUCUCCCCUACCUACCAACCUACCAGGACUGGAAGGAGAAGUAUAUCCACCCCAACUACACACGCAUCUUCACAGAGAACUACCUAGAAGAGGUGUGUAUAUAGGUUACAUAGAGAUACAUCACUAUGGCAUUGUCGUUUAACAGUGCUUCAUUUGUUUAAAUGCUGAUAGCUGACACAGUAUCAUACUCUUAACACAGAUAUCAUCUCCUGAUUGCAUGACUUCAUGUCCAAGUUGAUGAUAGUGAAGAUGAACUUCAUGUGAUUCCCUCCCAGUUACUCAGUAUGUCUUCUCUCCUGGCGUCUGUCUGUCUGUCUAGCUGAGUCCGUGUUCUGCUCCUGGACAGACAGUUAAAAUACCAAAUACCCCCUUACAAUACAUGACCUCCUUAAAGCUUAACAAAAUAUGAUUUUUCUCAAUGCUGAUAGAGGUAUUAUACAUCAACGUACAUGAAGUCAUGCUCCAGUUCAUUCCAGUGUUAUGAGUGUGUGAGGUCCUCAGUGACUCAGUACGUGUCUCUAGCCGUCGAUCAUAUCAGUGCUGAUAGAGUUCUUGACUUCAGGUUCGUGAGUGAUGUGUCUCCUGGUGUCUCAUCUCUCUAAAACUCUUCAGUUCUAACUGUCUGUGUCGGUCUCCUCUAGCCGUGUCCAGAUGUGUUCUGGUUCCCGGUCUUCACGGAGCGGGCCUGUGAUGAGCUGGUGGAGGAGAUGGAAAACUACGGGUCAUGGUCAGGAGGCAACCAUGAGGUCAGAGGUCAAAACAUAGCACAUAGUACAUACUGUAACGUUAUUAAUAACAUAAACCCAGUCUCUCUCUCUCUCUCUCUCUCGCUCUCUCACACAGAAAACAUAUUGCUAUCAGGUUAUAAAUCACAGCUGGCCUGGUACAUUGUUUGCUGCCUCCAUUCGGGAUGCUCUGUUUCAGUUUCAAUGACCCAAUAUUCUGGACAAAAACGGACGAAUGUAACUAAGGCUGGGAAUGUCAAUUCAAUCAAACUAGCAAGGGCAAUGAUCACAAGUCAGUCAUAACGUAGCUAAUAGGCUAGCUAAUCUAUUUAUGUAGCAAGCUAAAAACACGGAUCCUAACUUUAGCUAGAUAGCUAGCUAGCCGCAAGGAGGAUGUCAUGUCAUGCCAUUGGAGGAUUGGGUGAGUUAGUUACUUUUCCCCCUCAUAUCGUUUUUUCGGUGGCUAUACACAGCUAGAGAUGCAGGUGCCAUUUGGUUAGCUAGCAAGAACUUGAACGACUGUUAUCCAGUUAGCAUAUCUCUCGUGUUCGUAAAUUCACUCUGGCUAUCUACUCCGAUUUCAGAGCACACUCGUCUGAAUGUGCCAGAGGGCAGAGCAACUGAUGAAUUUACAAACGCACAACACCCGCUGAAUAUUAUAGGUGUCAGUAAACGUCGGCAAAAAAAAGUAAUAGUUAGUCAAGAACGCUCUAGAUAACAUGUAUAAACAGCCUAACCGGCUCUGCUAGGGAGAGUAAAAUGGUCAGAGUGUUUCUCUCAUUUGUGUCUGGAAGUCGCUAGCCAACGUUAGCCAGUUAGCUGGAAGAAGCUAGCCAACGUUAGCCAGUUAGCUGGAAGAAGCUAGCCAACGUUAGCCAGUUAGCUGGAAGUAGCUAGCCAACGUUAGCCAGUUAACUGGAAGUAGCUAGCCAAUAUUAGCCAGUUAGCUUGGGUGCUUGGUUGGGACCAGCGUUCAGUGGCAGCCAAGCCGCAGAAGGAGGAGGAGGCUAUUUUGACUAGCUGAGUUUGAGAGGGUUUAUCUAAUGUUCCUUUGUUUGAUUUUAGCUCAUCUUGCUAGCAUUAGUUGUUGUUGAUGUUCAUAACUGAGGGAGAGAGUACCUUUUCAUGGUUGUUUGAUCAAUAGGACUGUAAAGUUCCCAAAUGUAAGAGGACUCCCGUGGUAUUGACAUAUUUGCAGAAAUCCAUUCAGGUGUAUUUUGUGGCUUUUGGCGAAUGAGUUCUAAAUGAUCUAAAGUCGUGCUGUUGCUACUGCCUGUAAACACACAGUCCAGUUCAAAGUGAAUGAUGGCAGGCCCGUGUGGCAAAUGGCUUGUUUGUAUAAAGGCCUACUGUAGCUCUGAUUGGCUAUAGUGCACCAGUCUGUGUAGAUUCCGGUCCUGGACAAGACAGAUGUUUUUAUUCUGUUUUAUUUACUGCAGUGUCUAUUAUUUGUCCAAACGCACCGCCCCUUUCCCACUCUAUACUAUAGAAUUUUCACAAAUGCCUUACUAUACGUCAUUCCCAAACAUUCUAUGAAUUUAUGAAAAUGUGAAAAUGACCAUAUCUAAGUUGUCUCUUGUCAGAAAAUGUUUUAAAAAGUGUCAUAUUCUUCCUGGGGGGGGGGGGUAUGAUAAAAGAUUUUAGCAAGAUUUCAUGUUGCUAAAAUACUGUCAGUUCCACUUUAAAUGCAACAAUGUUUCACACGCGUAAGUUAUUUUCAAAGAGAUGGCUAACAACAGCAAGCGGGCUGCAAUAGAAAACACAGUUCCACUCACCAGAUGAUGAUCUUUUUAAACUUAAAUUCUUGUUGAAUGUUAUUCUUGAAAAGGGAGAAGCUAACAAAUUAGCAACAACAUCCUCUUUGAUAACACCUACUGCAGAUGCUGCAAACUAGCUGACAACAAAAGCUAGACUAGACCGUGGGAAAUGUCCUCUGGUCUGAUGAAACAAAAAUAGAACUGUUUGGUUAUAAUGACCAUUGUUAUGUUUGGAGGAAAAAGGGGGGCGCUUGCAAGCCGAAGAACACCAUCCCAACCGUGAAGCACGGGGGUGGCAGCAUCAUGCUGUGGGGGUGCUUUUUUGCAGGAGGGACUGGUGCAUUUCACAAAAUAGAUGGCAUCAUGAGGAAGGAAAAUUAUGUGAAUAUAUUGACGCAACAUCUAAAGACAUCAGUCAGGAAGUUAAAGCUUGGUCGCAAAUGGAAGGCUACCCAAAACGUUUGACACAAGUUAAACGAUUUAAAGGCAAUGCUACCAAAUACUAAUUGAGUGUAUGUAAACUUCUGACCCACUGGGAAUGUGAUGAAAGAAAUAAAAGCUUAAAUAAAUCAUUCUGACAUUUCACAUUCUUAAAAUAAAUUGAUGAUCCUAACUGACCUAAAACAGGGAAUUUGUACUAGGAUUAAAUGUCAGGAAUUGUGAAAAACUGAGUUUAAAUGUAUUUGACUUCAAAACACUUGAGAAUGAAAGGAUUCCUGUAUUCAUUAUUGUGGGUGGUUUUGUGUAGUGCUAGAUUAGUAAGUAACUGUUGUUCAUAAUACCAGUAUGUGGCUAGGUUCUGAGAUCCCUGGUACAUUCUGAGCCUGUGAGUCAUCCGGUUGGUCUUUGUGGCUAGGUUCUGAGCCUGUGAGUCAUCCGGUUGGUCUUUGUGGCUAGGUUCUGAGCCUGUGAGUCAUCCGGUUGGUCUUUGUGGCUAGGUUCUGAGCCUGUGAGUCAUCCGGUUGGUCUUUGUGGCUAGGUUCUGAGCCUGUGAGUCAUCCGGUUGGUCUUUGUGGCUAGGUUCUGAGCCUGUGAGUCAUCCGGUUGGUCUUUGUGGCUAGGUUCUGAGCCUGUGAGUCAUCCGGUUGGUCUUUGUGGCUAGGUUCUGAGCCUGUGAGUCAUCCGGUUGGUCUUUGUGGCUAGGUUCUGAGCCUGCGAGUCAUCCGGUUGGUCUUUGUGGCUAGGUUCUGAGCCUGUGAGUCAUCAGGUUGGUCUCUGCUGAGUCAAGUCAUUCAUCUUUCAAAGAGACUGGUUUAAACCCACACACCACUCAUUCCUCAUCAUCCCUAACCAUCACCCUGGAGACAGCAGUCACACAGCACAGAAACAGAGGAGGAGGAAGUGCUGGGCUAAUAUGUCCCAUCACUGUUCUCUUGUUUUCUGGUCUCUCUUCCUAUCAGGACAAGCGGAUCACCGGCGGAUAUGAGACCGUGCCGACUGAUGACAUCCACAUGAAGCAGAUCGGUUACGAUAAGGAGUGGCUACACUUCAUCAGAGAGUUCAUAUCCCCCGUCACUCUCAAAGUCUUCUCCGGAUACUACACCAAGGUAUGCAAUGAUCCAACUACUGUUACAUCAGCUAUUCUAUUAAAUCAACUAUCCUAUUACAUCUCUAUUCUCCAUAGUGCGUGACAGAGCUGUUCAGUACAUGUAUUCACAAGUAUCCAACAUUCCAUUAAGAAAUCCCAUCCAGAUCCUACAACGCUUCAAUGAUUAUAGGUUGAGCAGCAAAUACUGUGUAAGUGAUGGUGAAAGACAUGAUGUAUUGUCAUUUUGGUCUUAACUUCACAUAGGGUAGGUCUAAGAGAUGGAGAAUGACGUGAUGUAAAUGUGUGAUUUGGUCUGUUCUCACAGGGCUAUGCAGUGAUGAACUUUGUAGUGAAGUACACCCCUGGCAGACAGGCCUACCUGAGACCCCAUCAUGACUCCUCCACAUUCACCAUCAACGUUGCUCUCAACAGCAAAGGAACUGACUUCCAGGUAAGACAUUUUACUGUAUCUCAAAUACAAAAGUCCACUCAUCUCAUGUCACUGUACUUUAGCCCACAGUAGAGCACACAAUGAAAAUAUACAGUUACGCACAGAUAUUCACUGGGUGCUGGGUUCUCUCUCUCUCUCUCUCUCUCUCUCUCCCCAGGGUGGAGGCUGUCGGUUCCACAGGUAUAACUGCUCACUAGAUUCUCCCAGGAAGGGGUGGAGCUUCAUGCACCCAGGACGUCUGACGCACCUCCAUGAAGGCCUGCCCACCACCAACGGAACACGGUACAUCGCUGUCUCCUUCAUCGACCCUUGAACCUUACCCUCUACACUAGCAUAGGAUUUUAUCAGGUUUUAUUUGUCUUCGUUGUUGUUAAUUUGAUCCGUUUUGUUUGGUCUGAAUAUGAUGCAGUGCCUUACUGAUGUUGUGCUCAUGACAUUUUACUGAUGCAAUUUACUGUCCCAAAAUAAAGCCUUUUUUUUUUUUUUUUUUUUUUAAUUUUUUACAAGGGUAAGGUUGUGCCAGAGUCAGACGAUCCCCUUCAUUUG